GUUCUGACCAGCGCCAAUAGGAUCUGCUGGAGGAGCAUGGACCACGGGACUCAGACGGCCGCGGCCAGGGCCAUGGCGCUUGUCGACUACCGCGAGUGCGCUUCUUGCGGCCGAUCGCUGUCCUCAGGGGAGUUUUCGCGCAACCAGAAGCAGAAACCGAGCCCCAAAUGCAAGACGUGUGCGCGGCAGCCAAACAAGGGACAGCCGACAGGCAGUAAUGGUAUUAAUGCAGAGCUAGAGCAGCGCACGUGCAUUGAGUGCAACCAGUCACUGCCACUAAAGUCCUUCUCACACCAUCAGCAGUUGAAGCCAAAUUCCAAGUGCAAAGCGUGCGUUGAUAAAGUGAAGGUGGAAGGUGAUGCCCAGCCGCGCCUCAAACGCUGCGUUCAGUGCUUUCGGAGUCUGCCCAAGACGAGUUUCUCCAAGCGACAGGCUCAACUGUUGGAUCCUAAAUGCAAGACAUGCGUAGAGGAUCUCGAGCGUGCUGCUGCUGCGUCUUCAGCGCAUGUUGCGAGUAAGUUAUUCUGUUAUUGCAAUGUUGCAUCCGUGUGCAUGGUCAAUAACGAUGUUAACUACGCAUUCUUUUCAUCAGGCAAGUGGAAAUUUGACCAAUAUUAUCGCGUGUGUCAUCGCGACAAGAGUGGAGGUGUAUCGGUUCGAGUGAAGCACAACAUUGCGUCCCCUCUGCUUGGUUACAUCCCGCUGGGUCGAGUGUUCCGAGCUACGGCUCCCAUUUGCAACGAACAGGGCGAUCCUAUGGUGCGACUAGAAGGACCACAUCUCCCCACUGCGGUUAUGCGCUUUGAAACAAAAUAUUCUAGCAAAGAAGAAGAUGGCAGAGUUGAGCGACAAAUUAAAGAGGCGUGGGUUCCCUGCCGCUCCAUUCGCAACGAAAUCCUUCUGGAGCCCCAUCAAGGUCCAUACACUUGCAAUGGCGACUAUGAACGACCGAGCAGGUUCUUCCGCUGUGUUGUAGAGGGCUGUAAGGUUCGAGGGAGUGCUGAUUUGGCAAUAUCGGAGCUUGGCUACGUGCUCUACGGUGACGUAGUCGAAGUUGUGGAGUCCAUUGUGGCUCCGGAUGGACUUGUAUUCCUGAGACUGCAUGAGAGAUACUUCGACGGUGCGGCGUGGGUUGUCGAGCGCUCGCUAGAUAACGAGUCUGUUCUAAACGAGGUCGAGGGUCCUUGGACGUCAUCGCCGCCUAUACCCAGGACUGAAGCGUAUCGCUGUGUACAAGACUCGGGUGCUCCCGUUCGCAUGGAACCAGAGCUGUCAGCAGCACCGGUGGGGCGCAUUCCUUGCGGAGCUGUUGUCACUGUUGUAGAACGCGCUAUUACGGAUCAGCGCCAGGUCUUUCUCCGGAUUGUCGACUUCAACGCAAUUAAGAACGACGAAGAUACUCAUGGGGAUAAAUGGGUUAUCGAAACAAGCUCAUGUUGCGCCAGUGUCAUGAUUAAGGUGAACCAGGGAUGGCAAGGCAGGCUGUUAUAGAAGACAGUACACAAUACUACACAGCGAAUAGAGAUACAUUCAAACCCAUACCCACUUGUGGUGAGAUUGCCACGUAUCUGGGUAACUCCAGCCUUGACCAAAGAAGUUUGGUGGGUUUUGUAGUUGCUCGGGGCCAAGCACUGCCGACACAUUGGCACCAAGAACAUCACUGCGCACGAAAAAGCAGUUAACACCGUGUGACUCGCAGUACACUAAGGAAUAUCCGUUGCGAGCACCCCAGUGGUAGAAUGCAGCUACGCUACCGCCAAAGUAUGCCGAGAACCCAUCCCAGCUGCCACUUCCAUCCUCGCUAUCAUCGUAUUGUACCGUUCGAGCCUCGUUCGGUGGGAUAUGAGCGUUAACUUCGACUAUUAUCACACGGGGAGACACACGCGUCAAGUCGACAGCGUUGAGCAGCCAAAAGUCGUUAAAGUCCACGUCGAUAGACAGCAGAUCGAGAUCUUGAGGAACAAGUCUCCGGUAUUUUUCAGUAAGAAGCGGCAUGAAAUUCUCGCGAGUGAUAAAUUCGCGAUGUAACUCGAUGCUUUCAUCUUCGUGACGUGAAUCCAUUAGAAGGCCUUUCCAGCCGUGAAUUUGUCGUAGCAGCCGCGUGUUGCAUUCCUGACCAUUCUCAGUGCCAAAUUCGACGUACGAUUUGCUCUUCGUGCCGACAUGUCGAAAUAUCUUACGAAUAAUACCGUCUUCGCCGUUCUGAGAGUAUAUUCCCCACUCAUGACGCCAAAGAUCGCAGAUCCAGCGCAAGCUUGGCGUUGAGCGCAGUAUUUCUGGACAAAGUUUAGGACGUUGAGGAGUGUGCAGUCUUGGAUCCAGUACGUGCAGCCUUGAAGUAAUUUCGGGGGAAUUUACCCUUGGCUCAGCUCUGAAGGCUAACGUGUUGGAAAUAUACACUACCUUGUUGUUUUCCAUAAGAAGCAGGACACUCAUCUCAUGCUCACCUGC